AUGGAAGAAUCAAAUGAAAUGACGAUUGAGUUUCUCAGAGCAAGGUUGUUGUCGGAAAGAUCUGUCUCGAAAUCAGCCAAACAAAGAGCUGAUGAACUGGCAAAGAGGGUAACAGAACUCGAGGAGCAACUCAAAUUUGUGUCUCUUCAGAGAAAGAAAGCUGAAAAGGCAACCGAGGAUGUUGCAAUAUUGGAAAAUCAUGGAAUAAGCGACAUGUCCGAAAAUUUCGAUUCGUGUUCCGAAGAGGAGGAAAAUCUGCAUGACUUUGAGCUCCGUAAUGGCUCUCCAAUGACGAAAGUGACCUCAACCGAUACAAAACCAAGAAAAUUUGAAAAUGAGGCAUCUUCAAGCUCUGAAAUCGAGUCUUCCCCUUCAACAGGUAGGAGCUUGUCCUGGAGAAGUACUAAAGAUUCUCAGAAUUCUCUUGAAAAGAAGAAGUACAUAGACUCGGUCAGAAGAAGGGCUAGUUUUGCGUCAAAUAGUCCAUCUGCUAGAAGGGUUGGAAAAUCGUGUCGCAGAAUAAGGCACAGAGAAACAAGAUCAGCGCAAGAAUCACAAAAUAAUUGCACCCAGAAGUCUGAAUGCUCUGUCGAUGCUUCCGAUGGAUCGAACAGUGAGUUUGUUGUGUUAAGAGAAAGUCCCGAGUAUGAAAACAAGAAAAUUCCAUCGAAGAGCACCAAAUUGGAAAUGGAAAGCGCACUGCAACAUCAAGCACAACUCAUUGGGCGAUAUGAAGAGGAAGAGAGAGCUCAGAUAAAAUGGGAGGAGAAGUAUAGAGAGAAUAACUCUGGCACACAGGAUUCAGGUGAUCCCGGGACCCAUUCGGAUGUGACCGAGGAAAGGUACGAGAUGAAGUCUCCAGACCCACCAUCAAAGCCAGACUCAGUGACCAAAGAGUCUCCAACUUCCAAGAGUUCACCCGUUGAGAAUUGCAGCUCUGCAAUUAAAGCCUCUGAAUCCUCAGCUUCAGAAUUUUCAUUCCCAGCAUCGAAAGAGAAAAUUGAUGAGAGGGAUAUCCCAAGAAAAAAGCCCGAGGCACCUGAACAUAGUCUCCAACAACAUCCACCCGUGGGUCGUACGACAGCUCCUGAUCCUAACAGAAUCUCUCCACAGCUCGAGCUUGCAGUUUUGCCUCAAGGAGAUCAGUCGAAUAAUCUAAGCUCCGUCUUAGAAGCACUUGAGAAAGCAAAAUUGUCCCUGAAUGAGAAGCUCAAUAACAACUCAGUUGCACCACCACCACAGAGAACUCCCUACCCUAUGAUUGCCAAUAAAUCGGAUGAAAGCUUCCAAAUUCCAUUUCGAACCCCCGAACUUUUCAGAUUGCCAACUGAUUAUCAAUUUGAAACUGGUGCCGGGCCAAGCUUUUCUAACUAUCUUCCAAAUAAUUCAUUUCUUGAUUCUAGAAGUGCCUUUUACAAUGACUUACUUCUCACCACCCCAUAUAGACCUUUUAGUCAGGAGAUGAACCGGUCGGGUCAAAGUGAAGGUCAACAAAUAUCAUUGUCUAAUAGAACGAUCAAUCAUGAUCGCUAUACAAACCCUUCAUAUCCAUUUGUCCCGGAUAUCAUGCUACGUGUACCAUUGAAUGAUGAGGGGAUUUCAAGAGCAUUUCCGAGUAGCUCUUCAGAGAGUGGGUUGCCUUCAGUUAUGCGCAUAUCGUCUUAUGAUCAAGAUUUUCGGCCGAAUAUGUACAGUUAG